ACCCGGAACUUUGUUCCUUAGGUGUUGGCGGGCGCAGUUACUGAAUUUCUGAAAGAACCGGAAUAAAUCGCAUAAAAUCUGCUUUUAGAUCAGACAUCCGACAUGAGCGUAAGAGAAGAUCAUGUCUACAGGGCCAAGUUGGCUGAACAGGCUGAAAGAUACGAUGAAAUGGUGGAGUCAAUGAAACAUGUAGCGAAACUUGAUGUUGAGUUGACCGUUGAGGAAAGGAAUCUGUUGUCAGUGGCCUACAAAAAUGUGAUCGGUGCGCGAAGAGCAUCGUGGAGGAUCAUCAACAGCAUUGAACAGAAAGAUAUAGAAAAUAAGGAUGGUGACCAAACAAAGCGAACUGCAGCAGAAGAUUAUAAAAAGAAGGUGGAGGAGGAACUAAAUGACAUAUGUAAAGACAUAUUAAGUGUACUUGAUGAACAUCUUAUCCCAUUAGCUGAAAAUUUAGAGAAACAUGAAUCUAAAGUAUUCUAUAACAAAAUGAAAGGAGAUUAUUACCGAUACCUAGCAGAAUUCGCACAAGGAACAGACAAAACGGAAGCAGCAGAGCGGAGUUUGGUAGCCUAUAAAAAGGCUUCUGAUUACGCAUCUGCUAAUUUAGCAACAACCCAUCCAAUCCGAUUGGGCUUGGCUCUCAACUUUUCAGUGUUCUACUAUGAAAUCCUCAACGCCCCCGACCGAGCAUGUAGGUUAGCGAAGCAGGCAUUUGAUGAUGCAAUAGCCGAGUUGGAUAUGCUUAAUGAGGAAAGUUACAAGGAUUCAACACUGAUCAUGCAGUUAUUACGAGAUAACUUGACUCUCUGGACAUCUGACAUGCAAGCAGAUGAUAAUGAUAAGGGAGACGCCUUGCUUCAAGAUGUUGACGAUGGACAACAAGAGGCCUCAUAAAAAAAAGCCUACAACACAUCACCAAUCCUAAGCUUGUUUCUUCUCCCUAGUUAAUCAUUACUUUAUUUCAUCUAUAUAGUUGCAACAGAUAAUUUUCCAUCAAUUUGUUAUAUAGAUGAUAAGUCAAAUAUGGUUGGGAGAUAUUACAAAAAAAGAAAAAAUGAAUGAAAAAUUAAAAAAAAAAAUGUCAAGUUGAGUGAAAGAGUUUUAUACGUAGUAUAUGAUUUAGCAGCCAUGAUUUUUCUUUGUUUAUUAAAUAGUAUGUGGAACCUAAUGUUUACAAUUCAGCCCUGUAUCACUAUGUAUUCACACAUUACAUACAUAAACAGCCAAUUUCCAUUAGCCACAGUUAUUGUGCAUCCCAAGGGCUUUAAGUCUCUUAACACUGCAUAGACAAUCUUGAAUAUUAUUGUUAAUCUUAUAACUUGGGUUGUUAUUAUGAUAUACUCUGAUGAAAUAUUAAAACCAAAAGGAUGAAAAGAAUGUGAUAAUAAAAAAUUGAUGGUUUAUGUCAGACAAGGUUGGUGGGUAUGUAGGUAAAGAGGUUAAAUUGAAUAACCGCGCACGCCAGCUUAGCCCUGUUGACGAUAAACUGUUUUGGUAACUUGCAAUUAAUUCAUGCAUACGUAUAAUUAAUAUAUAUAUAUAUGUAUAUAUAUAUAUAUAUAUAUGUAUAUAUAUAUACAGUAUAUAUAAUUAUAUGUGGAUGUUGUUGCAAACCUACUCAUGAAGUAGCAUAGUAACGAAGGAUGGCGGCUAUAAACAUGCAGUAUAACUCAUCAAGUAACAAUAUACGAGAAUGCUUCACUUGCCUCAUUGAAAAUCGGAUUUAACACAAAUACUUUUUGAAUGCUUCUGUGUUGUUAAUCUUUGAAUGUAAAUAAAUGGGUAGGCACAAACACAUUUGUUUUGUUUGUGUUUACCUAUUUAUUUAUACAGUAAGACAUGCAUGAAUCCACAUCAAAACCAUCGAUGCGUUACUUACAUUUAAGAAAACCCAUUAAUUGCUGAUAUUGAGAUAUUGCAGGCUGAAAAAUCAGUCAAAUUUUUUUUAGCUAUAUAUGCAUAUAUAUUUAUAUGUAUAUCCAUAUAUAUCUAUAUAUACAUGAAUAAGUACACAUUUUUAAAUGUAUUUGAAAAUGUGUUCGAUAAUAAAUUAGCAUAUUCAAGCAUAUAAAGCUAAUAGUAAGUAUGCCCCUUUUAAAUACUUUGUCAUUGGUAGUAUGUACUAAGUAGUCUGUAUUGUUCACUAUUGAUAUAUGUAUGUAAACUGCAGCUAAAUCUCCCCAUUGUGUUGUCUGUGAGUAGAUUCUUGUAAUUGUCUUGUGUAUUUCUAGGAACAUUUCACAUAAAUAUUUCUUUCCCUGCUAUUUUUAAUUAUUAUUUCCGAGUUUUAGUUCGCUUGUAUUUUCCCAGUUUUAUUCUACUGGUUUUUAACUAGUUUGGUUUAUAAGUGAUAAAUUUAAAAAAAAAACAAAUUAUGUUUUUAAUGAAAUGUUUUGCACAUUUGUGAUUAAGAUGUUGGACUCAGAUGGCAAAAACAAUUUUCAGUAGAACUUUAUUAAUACGAACAUUAUUUCGUGAAGAGAGCAAUUUGUUUGAAGGUAAUUUAAUUGCUAUUCAUACUAACCAAAGCCAAGCUGUGGAGAACGAGACUGUUUUUAGAUCCAUGUUAUCAGUAAAUGCUUUGUUGUUGAAUGAAAAUAUUGACAAGAAUUAGUAAACCAAUCUGGGAGAUAAAAAUACUAAGAGUUUGCAAAGAAUUUAAGAAAGUUGAGUAUAUUGUUGGGUAAUUAUAAGUGCAUCCUUAAUUUAUAUCAAGAUUUUGUUAUACGUUUUUCGCUUCAAAACCUUUAUUACCGUAGGUUUGUCUUUUGUAAAUUAAUUUUGUGCGCAUUAAUACCUAUGUACCUGUGUAGUUGGGUAUUGCAGUGAAUACUAAAUCUAUCAGCUAAGAAAAAGUUCCUGUUUUAAAUAUAGAAAAAUGGACCAAUAAAAUAAAGCAACGGCUACCACGUAUUUCUUAUCCCAUGUGUGGUAUCUUUUGUGCUUUCUUGGUUUAAUUACAACUGCCAUUUCAUUGGUUCCUCUGCCAAGCGAUUCAUAUUAUAAAAAUGGUCUUUCUGCUACGAAUGCAUAUGUAAAGUCAUAAAGGUAGUAUACUUACCAAUUCAUUUUGAAAAGCAUAUUUAACUACAAAAAACAGCCAGCUUACCACUGAAGGAAAUUUGUAGGUUAAGUGAACUUGGUAAAUGCUACUGGUGGCGCUGUUUGUAAUGUUUUCAAGCUACAAAAGCCACUUGCAUGGAACUAAGUAUCUUAUUAGACUGUAGAUGCAUGUGGAAUGAUUAAAAAUACCCAAAGAUUUA